AUGCCAUCAUCCAUACAAGGUACUCACACCAAGGAGCCUUCUAUGUAUCCAUCUAAUAUUCUGUCUCAUUACAGACAUGCACCAACUUCAACUCAUCAUAUGAAAACCAGAAUAAAAGCUGGUGUUGCUAAGCUAAAGGCAUCGAUUAGCUCUAAACACCCUUUAUCAAUUGAAACAGGUCCGCCAGAGCCUUCUACUGUACGACAAGCUCUUCAAACUCCUACUUGGAGACAAGCUAUGAGCAAUGAAUAUGAGGCACCCAUGAAAAAUGGUACAUGGUCUUUUUUCCCUCCUCCUUCCAAUCAUACUACAGUAGGGAAUAAAUGGGUUUUUAAGACCAAAUAUAAUCCAGAUUGUACCAUCAACAAGCACAAAGCUUGUCUUGUUGCAAAGGGAUUUCACCAAACCCCAGGAGUGGACUUUUAUGAGACUUGCAGCCCUAUUAUUAAACCGGCUACUAUACGAAUUUUCUUGACUACCGCUGUUCACUUUGGCUAG